AUGGCGCAUGAACUUGUUGUUGGUUAUCAAAAAUCUGAAGGGGAACCAAAAUGUGCGUUUAAGAUUGACAUUCGAAAAGCCUAUGAUACAGUUGACUGGCAAUUUCUGUUAGAGAUGCUAAAGGGAAUGGGUUUUCAUCCAGUUAUAAUUAACUGGAUAAAGACUCUAAUCACUUCGCCUUCUUUCUCCAUAUGUGUUAAUGGACAACCGGAGGGUUUCUUUCUUGGUAAGCGGGGCCUCCGACAAGGGGAUCCUUUAUCUCCUUACUUGUUUAAUGUGGUUAUGGAAGGUCUUUCGAUGCUUCUUUCAAAAUGUAUUGAGGAGGAGGCAAAUUUUGUGUACCAUCAAGGAUGUGCUGAGAUGAAGUUGACCCAUUUAUGCUUUGCGAAUGAUUUGUUUAUUUUUUCUCGGGGUGAUACUACCUCGAUGGAAGUUAUCAAGCGUGCUCUCCAAUUAUUUGAAGAACGAACAGGUUUGUCUCCGAGUCUGGAAAAAAGUGAAGUGUUUUUCGGGAAUGUUGGGUUGGAGGUUCAAAAUCUUAUUUGUAAUAGCUUACCUUUUCGGCCGGGGGUGUUCCCUAUUCGUUACCUGGGAGUUCCUCUAUCCCCAGUUCGAUUGAAGGUACGUGAUUUUAAUCCCCUUGUACUAAAGCUUAAAUCUCGACUUUUGAAUUGGAAGAACAAAUUCCUUUCUUAUGGAGGAAGACGACAACUUAUCCUUUCUGUUCUUCAUUCUAUGCAAACCUAUUGGAUGUCGGUAUUUCUAGUACCGACAACCAAAAUCCAUGAAAUAGAGCAGCUGUUUCGUAACUUUUUAUGGAAUAAAGCAGAGGGUCAGUUGGGAAAAUGUCAAGUUGCUUGGGAUAGGGUUUGUUUGCCUAUUAAAAAUGGGGGUCUUGGUAUGAAAAGACUAGCGAUUUGGAAUCGGUGCUUACUUUUCAAACAUAUUUGRGAUAUUCUGACUCGCAGAAAUACCAUGUGGGUCUCUUGGAUUCUGUCUCAUUGUAUUCGGGGCCGAAACUUUUGGGUUAUCAAGAAGAGGAAUGAAUGGUCGUGGAUUCUCCGGAGCCUAUUAGACUUACGUCCUCACUACAGGAGAUUCUUUAUCUACAAUGUGGGAAAUGGUUUAUCUACGCAUGCCUUGGAAGAUACGUGGAGUGAAUUUGGGCCCCUUAUUCAGUUACUGUCUUAUAGAUUCUUAAAUGGUCAUGGCUUUUGUAAUAACUCAAUGGUUUCUGAUGUAAUGCAACGUUUUGGCACUACUUGGCCGGUGGAUUGGAUUCAACAAUACCCUCAACUGCAAAGUAUUAUGAUACCUUCUCCCAACCAAAUGGAGGAUACGGUUAGAUGGCUUGAUGCUAAACUUUCUCGGGGAAAUUUUGAGGUCAAAGUGGCAUGGCAAACUGUUCAAGAAGUAUGGCCGAUUGUGCAUUGGUACAAGCUGUACUUUGUGUCUCAAAUUGGUGAUGGUAGGGAUACUAAUGCUUGGGAGGAUUCUUGGCUUCCUUGUGGUCCUCUUUCGGCUUUUAUGACUUAUCGGUUUGAUGUGCUUAAUUCUUCUCCCUUGCCUUUAUUAAAUGAUUCGCUACGGGAUCAUGUUCUUUGGGGGAUGAUUUUACUUCUUGUUCGAGAUUUGAAGUUAGAAAUGCUUGGGCAUCGUUGGAUGCGGCGUCUUCCUACUCAAGACCGUUUACUUUGGAAGGAUGAACCUCCUGGCCUAGAGUGUUCGCUUUGUGGUCAGAGUGUGGAUAGCCAUGCACAUUUAUUUUUCCAGUGUACUUUUGCUCGUGAAGUCUGGGGCAACGUCUUGCGUAUUGUUGAUUUGACUACUAUGCCUUAUGUGUGGGAUCAAAUUUUCGAAGCUCUUUCGGAUUCUAAUCAUCGUUCAAAGCGGUUAAAGCAGAAACUUGCGGUAGCGGCUUCGGUCUAUUUCAUUUGGCAGGAACGGAAUCGAAGACUUUUUACUGGGGAUCGUCGGAAUGCCAUGCAGAUUAUUCAAGCCAUUGUUCAGACUCUUGAAAUUCGUGUGGCUUGGUUGGAGAAACGAUUGGUGGGCAAUACUGGUUGA